UUCCUUUCUCUUGUUUUUAUCUUUCCCAAACAACACCCCGUCCUCUGGAAACCAUCAUACCAUUCCAUUUUCCCGGAAAAAAAAGGAAAAAGAAUUUAAAUCUUCAUUUUCUUUCUCGAACUCUUGAUUCUCCAUUGCUUUUCUUGUUUGGAUUUCAAGGUUUUGGAAAGAUCCCAGGCUGAGGCUUAAUCUUCUUCUUCUUCUUUUUUCUUGUUCUUGUAAUCUUGUUUUCUAUUUUUGGUUAAUUUUGUUUCUUCGAGAGAUUUGUUUUUUAAUUUUUCUGUUUGCGGAUAGGGAACGCAUUUCGAGAAAAAAAUUUUUUUUGGGGUUAUCCGAGGGUAGUAAUUUGUAAAUUUUGAGGUUGUUCUUGGUUCUGGACCUUCUGGUUUUUUGUUUUUUGUUUUUUGAGAAAUGGUGGUGAAGAUGAUGAGGUGGCGGCCUUGGCCGCCUCUGGUUUCGAGGAAGUAUGAGGUUAAAUUGGUGGUACGGAGGCUGGAGGAGUGUGAUCCGGCGGAGAAGUGGGAUAAAUUGGCCGUGGAGGUUAGAUGGAAGGGGCCGAAGGCGGCGCUUAGUUCUCUGAGGCGUACGGUGAAGAAGAACUUCACCAAGGAAGUGGAUGGGGUGGCGGAAAACGGCGUUGUUGUCUGGGACGAGGAGUUUCAGAGUCUCUGUACCUUAUCGGCCUACAAGGAUAAUGUGUAUCAUCCAUGGGAGAUCACUUUCACCCUCUUCAAUGACUUGUACCAAGGUUCAAGGGGCAAGGUUGCUAUUAUUGGAACAGCAUCAUUGAACCUCGCUGAAUAUGCUUCUGCAGCAGAGCAGAAGGAGUUUGAGCUAAACAUCCCUCUCUCGCUAGCUGCCAGUUCUGUGGAACCUCAUCCCAAACUUUGUGUAUCACUCAGUUUGUUAGAACUAAGAGCUGCUGCUCUAGAAGUCACAGAGCCAGUGCAGGGAGCAAUAGUGCCUGCUGUGUCCCCUUUCCGAUCAGGGGAAACCAUCUCAGCUGAAAAGGAUGAGGUUUCUGCAAUCAAAGCUGGUCUUAGAAAAGUAAAGAUUUUUACAGAGUAUGUUUCCACCAGGAGAGCAAAAAAGGCCUGCCGUGUGGAGGACGGCAGUGAAGUCAGGUGUUCUGCUAGGAGUGAUGAUGGUGAGUAUCCAUUUGACUCAGACUCACUUGAUGAUUUUGAAGAAGGAGAAUCAGAUGAAGGGAAGCAGGACACCACUGUUAGGAAGUCAUUCAGUUAUGGUUCCCUGGCUUAUGCAAAUUAUGCUGGAGGAUCAUUUUACUCCAGUAUGAGAAUGAAUGGUGAAGAUGAGGACUGGGUAUACUACAGCAAUCGUAAAUCAGAUGUGGGCUGCUCACACGUUGAGGAUUCAACUGCAUCAAUCUCCGAGCCAUCUGUGCUGCAAAGUUCAAAGCGCAGCAUACUCCCUUGGAGAAAGAGGAAGCUAAGCUUCAGAUCUCCUAAAGCCAAAGGUGAGCCAUUGUUAAAGAAGGAGGCCUAUGGAGAGGAAGGUGGCGAUGACAUUGAUUAUGAUCGCCGGCAGCUCAGCUCCGAUGAAAGUCUUCAACUUGGGUGGCAUAAGACGGAUGAGGAGUCGUCUGCAAAUCGCACAUCGGUCUCUGAAUUUGGGGAUGACAAUUUUGCUAUAGGCAGUUGGGAACAAAAAGAAGUGGUAAGCCGUGAUGGACAUAUGAAGCUGGAAGCCCAAGCAUUCUUUGCUUCAAUUGAUCAGCGGAGUGAGCGUGCAGCAGGAGAAAGUGCAUGUACCGCUCUUGUUGCAGUUAUUGCUGAUUGGUUUCAGAACAACCGUGAGCUUAUGCCUAUUAAGUCCCAAUUUGAUAGCCUGAUCAGAGAAGGCUCAAUGGAGUGGAGGAAUCUCUGUGAGAAUGAAACUUAUAGAGAGAGAUUCCCUGACAAGCACUUUGAUCUUGACACAGUCCUUCAAGCAAAAGUUCGUCCUCUUUCGGUAAUAUCAAGCAAGUCCUUUAUUGGAUUUUUCCAUCCAGAGGAGAUGGAUGAGGGAGGAUUUGACUUUUUGCAUGAUGCCAUGUCUUUUGAUAACAUUUGGGAUGAUAUUAGCCGAACUGCUGCAGAAUGUCCGAGCAAUGGCGAACCUCAUCUUUACAUUGUCAGUUGGAAUGACCACUUUUUCAUCCUCAAGGUUGAACCAGAAGCUUACUACAUCAUUGACACAUUAGGGGAGAGGCUUUAUGAGGGAUGCAGUCAGGCCUACAUAUUGAAAUUUGACAGUAGUACUGUAAUUCACAAACUGACAAAUGUUGCCCAAUCAUCAGAUGAAAAACCAACUGGUGAUCAGCAAACAGCAACAGCAGCCACGGAAUCCAAGAAUCCACAGGUUCAGCAGGUCAGUGGGAAGGAGGGUUCUGUUGAGUCACCAGAAGUGACCAAAUCUGAGGAAUCAGGUGAUGGAAAUGAAGAGGUUGUGUGCCAAGGGAAGGAGUGCUGUAAGGAAUACAUAAAGAGCUUCCUGGCUGCCAUACCAAUAAGGGAGCUGCAGGUCGAUAUCAAGAAGGGCUUGAUGGCAUCAACACCUCUUCACCACCGACUACAGAUUGAAUUUCACUACACUGAGCUCACUGAGACUCCAACAUCUCAGAUGAUGAUGACAACAUCCACUCCGCCAGCCAUUGAAUUUCCAUUAACAGAAGUUGCUGCAUAGACUUACUGUAAAUUGUAGGGAAGUGCCUCUACUCUUUAACCUUUUUUUUUUUCGUUUCUAGAAUUCCCUUUUACUAUGCAUAUCUUAUAAUGUUAAUGGGGUUAACAAAGAGGAACCCAUCUGAACUUUCCAAGAGGUUUGGCAAAUAGAGUUGUGCUUCUGAUCUUUGGCUAGCAAUGAAACAUCUACUCCAGUUUGGAGCUUUUAAUUUCUGUCUCUUGUUCGGAAAUUGGUAUUAUAUGACUGCAAUUAUCUUCUUUAACUCGCUGCUAAAUAAAGCAUCCUAGAGCAU